UGUAAAUAUGACUAGUCAUCUAGACGACGAAGGCCUACACCCAAUGGUCUCAACCCUUCUCGGAGGGGGCACACUUCCGACGGUACCGUUCAAAGCGUACACCAGAGAACGAAUGAUGGAACUGAGAACUACCAAAGCAAGCAUGACGAGGCCUGAAAACCUCUCAGAAGAUUUCAAUGGCGAAGAUGGUAAGUUUUCUCCUUUGAAAUGGCUUGAACACCGUUGGGAAAUCGAAGGAAUUAAAAAUCGUCCGAUGUCGAAAAAAAUUGAUUCGUUAUGCGCUGGCGCUGAUGAAAAUACGGGUUUGUCUCCACAACGGAGAGCAUUUAGCAGUGGCUGCAAAGCACCAACAGACGACAAAGGACGUGACGGAGAGUACGAAAGAUUGGGAGGGCAUGGAAAGAACUGGAGAAACGGAAGUACCGGUGGUGCCGAUAAAUUUGCUUCGAGAGGAAAUGACUUCAAACCAUCCUUCCAGAAAGGUAACCAGCUUGAACGUGGUACUCGUGGAGCCGAAUGGAAAAAGGAUACGACACGAGGGGCAAAAUUCGCACCACGGAGAGAGGAACGCCUUACGAGCUUGAGCGGAAGUGAGAAGCUGCCAGAAUGGGCUGACGGUCCCACUACAAUGGACGAUAUGAUUGAGUUGCGCGGAUUUGAUGAACCAAAAAAAGUGAAGAACAAAAAGAAUCCAAAGGAAAAGAAGGAGAAAGAAGCUGUGAAAGCUCCGGAGCCAGUGGAGUGCGUUGGAUCCCGUCCGUCAUCAACUGGUCUCAAGACUUCUGAACCUAUUGACGAUCCAGCAAUUGCUUAUUCUUCUUCGGGAGGAGGAGCUCUUCCGGCUACGGAUCAGGAACUCGCGGCUCUUCUGGGAUGUCUUGACAUUCAAAAAACAUCAAGAAAGAUCGAUGGCGACGAUAUGGCUUGGGCGCACAAGAGUGAGGAAACUGCUGGAGGAACUAGUCGUCUCAGUCGGUUCUUCGCAAAGAAGAACAAGUCCCCUGAAUUGGACGCUAUGCUUUCGUCAGUUGGAGGCGGAAACGAUGAAAACGUGGCUAAUCCAAUGCUUGCAAGACUUUUCGGUCAUAGUGGUGGUGAUAACAACGCUUCAUCUUCUGGAGCUGGUGAUAUAAAAGGAGGAAUGCGGUUGGAAGAUUUGGAGAAAGGCAUGGAGUCAAAGGAACCUUCAAAAGUCAGUCCAUUGCAAGAUCCAUCACAACAAGCACAACUUCUGCAACAUCUGCAAAAAUUCGCCAAACAGCAAGCAGAGUCUGGUCAGCACAUACAUCAUCAUAGACAACCAACACCACCAAAUGGAGGUCCACAGCAUCAACAACAUUUGCAUCACCCUAUGGUUCAUCCUGGAAUGCAAAUUAUCGCAGAUCCAAGCCUUCUUGCAAGCUUCGCACAGAAUCCAGUGAUUUUGAAUGCCUAUGUCGAGAAUCAACUUCAAGAAGCAGUCAAUGCUGCAAUUCGUGCAAACAAUGGGCAGCAGCUUCCACCACAGCUUCAUGAGCAACUUCGUAUGGCAUCCAUGCGUAACAAGGCUUUCCUACAGUCUCAGACUCUCACUUUCGUUAGUCUUCAACAACAGCAUCAGAACAUCCAGCAGCAUCAGCAACAACAACAGCAUCAUCAACACAAAGGUCGCACUCCUGCUAUGAUACCUGCGUCUGUGCAGCGGCAAUUGCAGAAGAGCUCCUCAAAUGCUGAUCAGAAGAAAGAAAAGACGAGUCAGAGCCCGCCAGAGAGCAACCAAGAGACUUCCGACGCUCAUAAUCAAUCUGAUGCCAUGAACCAACUGAAGAAAUUGCACAUGCAGCAGAACUAUGCCAAUAUGGUGCAGGCAAUGAAUUCUGGAGUCGGAUGGGCACGCGGAAACGGCGUUGUUAACGGACAACAGCAACAUCCACAGCAGCAACUUCCACCAAAUGUUCAAAUGCUGAUGGCUCAACACCAGCAAGCUCAAAUGCAGCACCUCAAGAUGAUGAUGUCCCGUGCUCAACAACAGCACAUGUUGAUGGCAAAGAUAGCUCAAAUGCAACAACAGCAAGCCCAGAUGGCUAACAUGCAAGAGAGACAGGGACCCAGUCAUAAUCAGCAACAACACCAACCUGUGGUUCCAUCCGAGCUGUCACAGGUCGGGCCAAUUCAAACUCCGCUUGAGAAGCUGCUGGCAUCGGUUGGAGUUCAGGGAUCUCAAUUCACUGGGUCCGGAGAUCGAAUUCCAUCGUCGGUCCGUCCAAUGUCUCUGGAAGAUCUCGAGAAACAGUUAACAGCUGUUCCAAAGUAGAAAUAUGGGUUUAAUUCCCUAGUUCAUAAUAGCAACUUUUUUUUUGUUUUUCCUACCUUCACAUAUAUUCAACCAUGUUUAUCGCUUACCAUCCACCAAGCGGGUACACAUAGUCAUGUAUUCGUAUUAUUUUUUUCUUCUCUCUUGUUCAUAUAAUCCCAUCUCUUUCUGGUCCUUUUCUCCCUCGUGUCCCAUCAAAAUUUCGCUUUACCGUCGCUAUUUUCUUCGGUUUUUUGUUGUUCGGCAUUUCACUGAAAUCGAAAAAAACAGCGGGGUGUCCCCCCACAACCUUUGUUGGUGAUCCCUUGAUAGUUUCCGUAAUGCCCCAUAAUAAGUUUGUUUCCUUUUUUUUAAUUUUUACUUUUCUAAUUAUGUUCCAAGUUUUGUUAUAUUGACGCAUCUUCGACGUGUUUAUAUAUUGGUCCCCGCUGCUCGAGUGAACCUCGAUAGAUUGUAAAGCGAACUUCAGUGAAUUCAGAAUGAUUUGCAUUUUUAGUUCAUCAGAACUCCAUUCUCAAUGAUUUCACUUCUUUUCCCCCAACCUACCGCCUUUUAGAACACACUGUUCUCUCUUCCUCCCCUUUUCUUGUAAGCUGGUUUUUCACUUGUUCUUCCCCUCACAUCUACCCAAAUCCCUUCGGAAAGUUUGUAUAAACACCUUCGUAGAGAAUUUCUUGCAUCCCGUCGGAUGCGUAGAGGAUCUCUCGAAAAUGCGAAAAGUUUUAUAAGGGUACACUCAUUUUCAAUUCCAUCUCCCACUCAAUUUUACAUCAGAUUGUCCCUAAAACGUUUUUGUACUUGUACAAGUUUGGUGUCCACAUUUUGUUGGAUCUCGUCCACUCUUGUUCUCAUUAUUUUUUGUCUCCUUUUGUGCACCUCCCAUGUUGUGCCACGUUUUUCAUAAGCAGUUCACCAUUCCAAACAGUUUUUUGUAGACACAUUUUUCGUUUUUAUUUUAGAAAUGAGAGGUGAUGUGUUCUAUAAGAUGGAUUUGGAUUUGGAUAAAAUGAAUAAUUGAAGAAGA